AUGGGCUGUUUCUGCGCGGUUCCGGAAGAAUUCUAUUGCGAAGUUUUGCUUCUGAAUGAAUCCAAGUUAACUCUCACCACCCAGCAGCAGGGCAUCAAGAAGUCAACGAAAGGUUCCAUUGUCCUUGAACACGUAUUUCGUCACAUAAACCUUGUGGAGGUAGAUUAUUUUGGACUGCGUUACUGUGACAGAAACCAUCAGACGUAUUGGCUGGAUCCUGCAAAAACCCUGUCUGAACACAAAGAACUGAUCAACACUGGACCUCCAUAUACUUUGUAUUUUGGUAUUAAAUUCUAUGCUGAAGAUCCGUGUAAACUUAAAGAAGAAAUAACCAGGUACCAGUUCUUCCUGCAGGUGAAGCAAGACGUUCUUCAGGGCCGCCUGCCCUGCCCCGUCAGCACCGCCGCCCAGCUGGGAGCGUACGCCGUCCAGGCUGAACUCGGAGAUUAUGAUCCAUAUAAACAUACUGCAGGCUAUGUGUCAGAGUACCGAUUUGUUCCUGAUCAGAAGGAAGAACUUGAAGAGGCUAUAGAAAGGAUUCAUAAAACUCUAAUGGGUCAGGCUCCUUCUGAAGCAGAGCUGAAUUACUUGAGGACUGCCAAGUCCCUGGAGAUGUAUGGUGUUGACCUCCAUCCUGUCUAUGGAGAAAACAAAUCUGAGUAUUUUUUAGGAUUAACUCCGGUUGGUGUUGUUGUCUAUAAGAAUAAAAAACAAGUGGGAAAGUAUUUCUGGCCUCGGAUUACAAAGGUUCACUUCAAGGAGACCCAGUUUGAACUCAGAGUACUGGGAAAAGAUUGCAGUGAAACCUCAUUCUUUUUUGAAGCUCGAAGUAAAACUGCUUGCAAGCAUCUUUGGAAGUGUAGUGUAGAAUAUCAUACAUUUUUUAGAAUGCCAGAAAAUGAAUCAAAUUCAUUGUCAAGAAAACUCAGCAAGUUUGGAUCCAUGAGUUAUAAGCACCGGUAUAGUGGCAGGACAGCACUACAGAUGAGUCGAGAUCUUUCUAUUCAACUUCCCCGGCCCGAUCAGAAUGUGUCAAGAAGUCGAAGCAAGACUUACCCUAAGAGAAUAGCACAAACACAGCCAGCUGGAUCAAACAGCAUAAAUCGGGUAACUGCAAAUAUGGAAAAUGGAGAAAAUGAAGGAACAACUAAAAUUUUCGCACCUUCACCAAUAAAAAGCUUUAAGAAAGCAAAGAAUGAAAACAGCCCUGAUACCCAAAGAAGCAAAUCUCAUGCACCGUGGGAAGAAAACGGCCCCCAGAGCGGACUCUAUAACUCCCCCAGCGACCGCAUGAAAUCCCCCAAGUUCCCUCACACACGCCGCCGAAACCCCUCGUGUGGGAGCGACACUGACUCUGUGCAGCCCACCAGGAGGAGGAAAGCCCAUAACAGUGGUGAAGAUUCGGAUCUAAAACAAAGGAGGAGGUCACGCUCACGCUGUAACACAAGCAGUGGUAGUGAAUCAGAAAAUUCUAAUAGAGAGCACCGGAAAAAGAGAAACAGAAUACGGCAGGAGAAUGAUAUGGUUGAUUCGGCACCACAGUGGGAAGCUGUGUUAAGGAGACAAAAGGAGAAAAACCAGGCGGACCCCAACAACAGACGAUCCAGACACAGAUCUCGCUCGAGAAGUCCCGAUAUCCAAGCAAAAGAAGAGUUAUGGAAGCAUAUCCAAAAAGAGCUUGUGGAUCCAUCUGGACUGUCAGAAGAACAAUUAAAAGAGAUUCCAUACACUAAAAUAGAGACGCAAGGUGACCCAGUCCGCAUCCGGCACUCUCAUUCACCGAGAAGUUACCGCCAGUAUCGCAGGUCCCAGUGCUCGGAUGGAGAGCGGUCUGUCCUCUCAGAAGUGAAUUCAAAAACCGAUCUUGUACCUCCACUUCCUGUGACCCGUUCUUCAGAUGCUCAGGGUUCUGGUGGUUCCACAGUUCAUCAGAGAAGAAACGGGUCUAAAGAUAGCCUGAUUGAAGAAAAAUCUCAGACAUCUACAAGCAAUAUGGCUGGAAAACACGCAGCAAAAACAAUAAAAACUAUCCAAGCUUCACGCUUCAAGAUGGAGACUUAA